UCGAUGGCGCGAUGUUUCAGCAGUCAAAGUGCAGUUCGUAACGUUGCUCGUUGUUGUAAAUACCAAGAUACAUCGCAAGCUGCACAUAGAAAAUCAUCACAGUUCAAGGAUAUUUCACACUUCAUCACAAAGCAGCUGUGUCCUGAAAAACACUGGUCGGUGAAAUUGGCUUGAUUUCUGUUAUCUCGUGCAAGAUGUUUAAGGAAGCAGACGCUAUAAAUCAUCCCUAUUGGCCGCGUAACCUGUCCAUUCCAAACUAUGUAGCUAAUGACCGUUCAAUGUCAGAAAUCCUUAUAUUCCUGUUCUCCGUGUCUGGGAUACUGCUGGUUGCCACCUGGUCACUAACUGGGUGUAAGGUAUCUGGGAGCAGGCUCAGUGGAGGGAGAAGGUUAGCUCUGUGCUGGUUCGCAGUGUGUGGCUUCAUCCAUGGUGUAAUUGAGGGAUGGUUCUCUUUAUACUACACCAUUAUUCCUGAAGACCAGAGUUUUCUUUCACAGCUCUGGAAAGAAUAUUGCAAAGGAGACAGCAGAUACGCAAUAGGGGAUAACUUCACAGUAAGCAUGGAGACGAUAACAGCUUGUCUCUGGGGUCCCUUCAGUAUUUGGAUCGUUAUAGCCUUCCUAUAUAACCGUCCUUACAGAUUUGUUCUGCAGCUCAUCGUAUCCCUUGGUCAGCUGUAUGGUGCAGUGCUUUACUUUUUCACUGAGCACAGAGAGGGAUACAUUCACAGCGAGUACGGUCAUCCCAUAUACUUCUGGUUCUACUUUGUGUUCAUGAAUGCUUUAUGGGUUGUCAUUCCUUUUAUCCUUAUAUUGGAUUCAUGGUGUCAGUUAUCAACCAGUCAAUCCAUGUUUGAUAAAGCGGCCCUGAAAGAAAAGUCUAAAAGAAGCUAGUCCAAUAGUAAUGUUUAACUUAAAAAAGAAUUAAACUUCUAAACUUGAUUUCUAUCAUCAUAAUAUGUGAAGAGAUACAGUACUGUUGAUGGAUACAAAUAAGGGCGGAAAGUAAUGUUUAUGUUUAAUAUUCAUUACAGUAAUUAAAAUUUGGUCUUGUCCAACAUCGAAUGUUCGUAAUACUGUUGCAACAGGGAUGUUUCAAAUUUGUUUUUGUAAAUAUGAAGCUUGAAUGUUUUUUUAGAACACACUAUCUGAUCUACACACUAACUGAUUUAUUGCUGGCUCUUCUAUUGUAAUCAAACUGACUAUCCUGUUAUCAGAUUAUUACAACUGAGAUAUUAUGAAUUGAACAUAUGGUGGAGGAUUGAAUCCAUUCAAUCCUGUCAUUCUUUAAUAAUAAAACAUACAACAAGAAUGGGUAGAGGCACAAGAUGAAAAUAUUUGCUUGACAGUGCAUGAUGAAUUUCUCUGGUGCCUAGAAGUAAAUACUGUACGUAAAUAUUAGUUUAAUAGUUAAUCAGGAGAAUCCACUAGAUGGCACCAUGUCUAGGGAUGAGAAUAAAACAGAAAUGUUGAGAUUGUUUUACUGUAAUCCUCGAACAAAACACUCAGGGUAAAAUAAUUCAAUUUACAUGCAAUCUAAAAAAUAAAGAUUUUUUUACUGCGGAAA